AUGACUUCCCGUGUCACAGUUCAACAGGUUAUGGGCCGCACUUCGGCUUAUAUUAAUCUUACUUCCUCUGAAAAACUCACUCCUCUCAACUAUCAUGUCUGGGCUACCAAAAUUCUUUUGGGUCUUCGUGCUAUGAAUAAUGGUGUCCAUCUUUAUGUCGAAGCUGGUACUGUCAAUCCAGCUGCUAAUGAAUCCCUCGAAGACCUCACCGCCUCGCUUGAUACCGUCGUCCAUGAUGUCAUCCUCAACAACAUUUCUCCUGAGUUGAUCGAACAUGUUAAUGAUGUGGCCAUUAGAGGCCGUGACCUCUGGCUUUAUCUUCAUCAGGAGUAUAGUCAACUUCAACCCGCCGAUGUCAUCUCACUUAUGAAAUCCCUCUAUGCUGGCAAUAUUGAUGUUGGUCCAAAGUUUGUUUCUUCUGUUCGUUCUUAUGUUGCUACCUGGCGUUCCAUCUACCAAUCAUUGUCGCCUGAUUCGGUUGUGGCCUUCAACGCUUUGGCCUCAAUGGGUCCCAAUUGUGAGCGCUUCAUCCAGUACGCCUUGGAGCACCGCUUUGAUAGUAACAACAAUACUGACAACCUUGAUAUCAACAACUUCAUCCGGAACACUGAUAAAUGGGCCAAGCGUGGUCAUACUUCCAACAAUUGUCAUGUCUCUUGGGAAGAGGUUCAGGCUGCUCGCCAAGAUAAUAAGGAUGACAAGGAAUCUAAGGAGGCUAAAACCUCAAGAGGUUGGUUUGCUGAGACUAUUGAUGAAUUUUCUGAGAUAGUUGAUGAUGAUCCAUUUGUGAGUUCCGCUUUUGUGUCCGAGACAUCUGUUGUUUCUGAAAAGUUUGGUAACAGUUGUCCGAGACUUGAUAUUGAUUCAGUUGGUAAACCGUUUGUUGGUUCCACUGAUGAUUCUUGUUUUAUUUCUGAACCGUAUGUCGGUUCUACUGUUGUUUGUUUGGAGUCUGAACCGUGUGUCAGUUCAGCUCCUAUUUGUUUUGAUUCUGAAUCGUUGGUCGAUUCGGAUAUUGUUCCUUUUGAUUCUGAACCGUUGGUCGGUUCUUCUUUUAUUUCUUGUUCUGAUUCUAAACCGUUGGUCGGUUCUGAUGAUGAUAUUGUCUUACCUUCUUUUGAUUUUUUGGUGGAUUCAAUUACUGAACCUUCUCCGCCUAUUGUUAAACCUAUUGUUACACCAAAAUCCCGUUUUUUGUUGAACAGCUAA